UCAUUACAUAAAUCUGUCAAAAAAAAAUCAUUCGAAAAAAUUAAAAAGAUUCCUGCACAAUUUCGAUUGCCUUUUGCAAAAUAAUUAAAUGGCAUCAUUGCUAAGGAAUCUAGGAAAUAAAUUAGCUACCAAUCUGGUAGCUAAAAAUGCAUCAUCACCAGCCAGUCGCCUAGCUCUUGUGAGAUUUGCAAGCACUACCACAGGAAAACCCGAUGAACGACCAACUGUCCGUAAAGCAAAUGAGACGGCUCGUUCUCAUUUGACCGACUUUGGACGGUACGUUGCCGAAUGCAUGCCAAAGUAUGUGCAAAAGGUUCAAUUAACCGCUGGCGAUGAACUCGAAGUUCUUAUCUGUCCCGAAGGAGUUGUGCCUGUAUUACAAUUCCUUAAGGACCAUCAUCAGGCUCAGUUUGCCAAUUUGGUUGACAUUGGUGGCAUGGACGUGCCAAGUCGCAAAUACCGCUUCGAAGUUAUUUACAAUAUUCUGUCGUUGCGUUACAAUUCGAGAAUUCGUGUCAAGACCUACACCGAUGAACUGACACCAUUAGAUUCGUGCAAUGAGGUAUUUAAAGCAGCCAAUUGGUAUGAGCGUGAGAUCUGGGAUAUGUACGGUGUGUUCUUCGCUAAUCAUCCUGAUUUGCGUAGAAUUUUGACCGAUUACGGGUUUGAGGGUCAUCCACAACGUCGUGACUUCCCAUUGUCGGGUUAUGUUGAGCUCCGAUAUGAUGAUGAGAAAAAACGUGUGGUUUGCGAACCAUUGGAAUUAGCACAGGAAUUCCGUAAAUUUGAUUUGUCUGCACCUUGGGAACAGUUUCCAAAUUUCCGUAAUGCUAAUCCACCAGCAGUGACGGUCGAUACCAAAGACCAAAAGAAGUAGAAUCAAUCCAAUUGUCUGUUAAAUAUUUCAAAUAAAUAACUAAAUAUAAAAUGUA